AAUCAAAACAGUUUGUUUUAUUUUAUUUCUUAAUAGUAUUCCAAAAAAUUGGCGCGCCGGAAAAUUGGCAUUUUUGUUUUCCAUAAAUAUUGAUACAGUAAUUUUUUUUUUAUAAAUAAAAAUACGAAUAAUGGCUUCAAAACAUGCUUCACAAAAUGGUAUUAAUGGAGUUUCACCAAAAAAACAAAAAAUUGAGAAUUCAAAUUCUAUGAAUAAAUUCAUAUUUGCGGGACAGGACUAUUCGAAGCAAUUUUACAAUCUCUAUUCAUUUCGUUUGGCAGAAAUGACUAACUUGUUAAAAAAGAAAGUUGAAAAAAGUUGGGGAAAAGAUGUACCAAUAAAAAAAUUAUGUGAUCUACGUGAAGAAGAGCAAUCAAAAUGUAUUAUUAUAGGAACUUUGUUCAAGCAUCAACAAUUAAAACCAAGUAUUUUACGUGAAAUUUCUGAAGAAAACCAAUUGGCUCCACAACCUCCAAGAACAUACUAUGUUAGUGAAAACGACAAGCUAAUACUUGAAGAUGAAUUACAAAGAAUCAGGUUAAUUGGCAAGGUUGAUGUCCAUACUUUGGUAACAGGUGUUGUUUGCGCUGUUAAAGGUUAUGUGGAAUGUGAUGGGAAAUUUGAAGUCGAGGACAUGAUUUUUUAUGAAAGCGGACCGCAAAAAUCUUUGAAGAUUCUAGACGAAUCGCCUCUACUUGUUCUUAUUUCAGGUUUUGAUCAGUCCACAGCAUCUUUGCGCGAAGAGUCUCUGGACGUUCUUCAAAAGUGGUUGGGUGGGAAAAUACAUGACUUCAAGAAAACUGUUAAAUAUGAAUCUUCUAAAAUAAUCCGAGUUAUAUUUGCCGGGAACUCUAUAAGAGCGUCCGCAGAAGUUAAGGUAAAAGCUAUACCUUCAAAAAAAGUUGAAUUGUCCAGCACUAUUGAAGAUGUAAAAAAUUUCGAUAAAUGGAUAUCGGAAUGUGUUACAAAGACUCCUGUUGAUUUAAUGCCAGGAGAACAUGAUCCAGCAAAUUUCAUGUUACCACAACAACCAUUUCAUAAAUGCAUGUUUCCAUUAUCAUCAAAAUCACAGGACUUUAAGAGUACAACAAAUCCUUAUGAAUUAGAGUUAUAUGGUCGAAUCAUAUUAGGAACAUCAGGCCAAAAUAUUGAUGACAUUACAAGAACGUCUAAAAUAGAAGACAAUUUAGAAGCUGCAUCAAAUAUUAUUAAAUGGGGUCACAUAGCUCCUACUAGUCCUGACACUUUGGCAUGUUAUCCAUAUACCAACAAAGAUCCAUUUAUAAUUCAGGAAUGUCCACAUAUUUUUUUCGUGGGUAACAUGAACAAAUUUCAAACAACAGUGCGUGAAGGUGAAGAUUCAACUAAAACUAGAGUUAUAUGUGUUCCAUCGUUUACAAAAACUCAAUCUGUUGUUGUAGUAAAUUUAAGGACACUUGAUUGUGAGGAAAUAAGCUUUAAUGUAACAGCAGAAUAAUAAGAUAAUAUACAUAGGCAUCUUUGUACAUACAUAACUAUUAUUAUUUUAAAAGUUAUUCAAAUGUGAAUUUUGAUAAAUACAUAUG